UUUGCAUAAAUCAAUCUCGAUCGUCACGAGUUCAACCAAAAAUUGAACAUAUUGGGAAUCAAUGCUUACAAGUUUACCCGCGCAACUGUGAGUUGUCAAUCAAAGAGAGUGACAGUCUUAAAACGCAUCAUUCAUUUUGAAUGGCUUUUCUCAGUCUUUGGUCUGUUUACGAUGUUUUUUGUUGAUUCAUCGUCUUAACUUCAUUUAAAUCUUUUGUUAAUCCGACGGUUGUGUAUAUAAUUUCCUAUCGUGGCGCAUAAAGCUUGUAACGUCGCGUCCAAAGACAGGACAAAACCUGUCUAAUCUCAGGGCAUUUUAAAUUUACGGUCGAAUAUUGGUCGCUAAACCCUUGGUACUCUUGACAUUGCCCUCGAAAGUCGGUUGUUCUACGAGUAUGUUAUGAAUCACGUCUAAAAAUGCAGAUUAAGAACAAAACGCUGAGUGAAAUCUCGCCAACUAAGCUUGGAGAAUAACUGAUCGACGUUUAUUUGGGACCAAGAGAUUAUUCACACUGAAUAAGAUGAUAGCACAAGCAGAGGAAAGAGACGAAACUCCGAAACAAAUGUUAUUGGCCUUGAAGAAAGAGAUG